AUGAUUCCACUCGAUGUCGUUGAGCCUGUAGGAGACGACCUUUCCAUAACCAAGUUUAAAAGCUACAAACUGUUUCAAAGAGGGUUUACGAAAUCGAAUUUGGUCACUUGCUAUAUGGCAUUGUUCUCAUGUUUUUUAACCGACCUCAUCUGUUUGUAUGUUCCUCUCAUUCAAUACACCGACCUGUCGAUAAUUGGAGCAUUGGAUUUGUUUGCAAGGAACCAGGAAAAUAAGGUUUCAGUUUUCUACUACUGUAAUAUAGUCCACUCGCUGGUGUUGUACUCUGGGAUUUUAGUCUCACUUUUUUGCAACAAUCCACUGUUUUGGGAUAUAUUAAGAAACUGGAUUAACGUUGGAAUCGUAUUGACUCUUUUGGCAUUGCCGUUCAACAGGUAG